AUGAUCACGACCACUUGCAACGGAAUCAAGUUUCAUAAAUUAGCCGAAGAGGAUCUCGAUCACUUGAUGGGUCAAUAUAUUUUUACGACCUCUUGUAACAUGAUCGAACUUCAACCAAGGAUCGCAAUCUCUUAUGGAUUUCUACGAUCAAGUUUCAACAAGGAUCGCGACCACUUUGAUAGUCUUCUUUCAAGGAUCACAACAUAUUUGCUGAAUAAAAUUUUAACUAAAGGUUCACUUGAUGAGAAAGAUUGA